GCGCCCCCGCUACCCCGCAUCUACCCCGGGGCUGCCGCAGGUGGUGCCGUGGGGCCAGCCGCGACGGGACCCGACCCUCUCCCCUCACCUUCCGCCCUCGAAGCUGCAGCAGGUCUCCCCGCAGGAGGGUUGAGCUUCGCUGCGCCCCCCUCGACGGAUUUCCCUGUUCUCUCUGCUCGCGUCCGAUCGGAUCCCUGGAGAGGCGACAGAGGCGGCUGGAAGGAUCCUCCACUGAACAGCGCAGCCCGACAGGCGUCCAGCCAGAUCCCCGGGCGAUGGAAGGAACCCACCUGGCCAUGACACCUGGCGGAGCCAGAAUUAAUCCACACUAGCCUCCCUUCCGCCCCCCGGGAGGGGGGAGACCCAGAAACAACUCCGGAUUUACACAAGGAGGAAGGGGGGGGACGACGAGAAAGGAUUGGUUGGGGAAGCCAAGAGAGGCGGAGAGGGGAGGAGAGAGAGGGAGAGAUCCCCAAGCAUCGCACUCCUGGCAAGAGAUCUACCAGAUUCGAGAUCUGUUGAGCUACGAAGCUGCGAACCAAGUGCAGGAGGGAGAGGCGAGAUCUCAUCACGAUCCGCGUACGCCCACCCCAGAUUCUUGGGACCCCCUGCGGGGAGAUGAUCGACUGGAUCGGAAAUCCUUCGCGGAGUGCAGCUCGGAACGUGGCAGGGCCGGGAGGGAACCCCUCCGGCUCGCCCCGUCUGGCGGCAGGAGACGCUUUGCUGGAGCCCCAGAUGUGCGUGCAUUGUUGGUAGUUCAGGCCAGGAGAGGACAGCCUGCGCCUCCCCGGGAUCCCCCGCAAGAGGGGGGCAAGGACAUGUGCUCCUAGGUCCCACGGCCAGUUACGCAGCACAUACGCACGCCACCCGCCGUUGACAGCGGCUUCUCCGGAGCAAGAAGAGGACCUGGGGGCUUCCGACCCCCUGGAUCAGAAUGGCUAGGGUCUUUCCCCACUGAGAGAUCGCUUCGGACCCCGGAGAGAGCUACUGGAUCGCGCCGCUUCCCUCAGCACCACCACCGUCCAUGUAGCUCUCUGGAUCCUCGACUGGCUGGCGCUGUGACAGCAGAGAGACCCGCCCCCCAUCCUUCCUCCAACCAGCUGGGGCUCCAGUUCCGGACCCUGGCUGUUCUGGAGCCCUCCAGCUGUGGGGCAGGCUCGGUGCCCAGGGCAGGGGGCGACUCCGUCCAGAGAUGCUCUGGGUGGUCUUUGGCCUGCUGCUGCUGCUGCUGCUGCUCCCAGGGUCGCGGGCUCUGCAGAGGGCAGAGUUGUCCGAAUGUUUUAUGGUGAAUGGAGCUGAUUACCGGGGCUCGCAGAACAGGACUUCACUGGGGAGCACAGGACGGCCGUGCCUCUACUGGAACCAGACACGGGAGCAUGCCUACAACACGGCCAAGUAUCCCCACGGCGAGUGGGGUCUGGGGAGCCACAACUAUUGCCGGAACCCAGACGGUGAUGUGCAGCCCUGGUGUUACAUCUCGGAGAACGAGGAAGGGAUCUACUGGAAGUACUGUGAUAUUCCCACCUGCCACAUGCCUGGUUAUGUGGGUUGCUUCCUAGACUCUGGGAAGCCCCCAGCACUGAGUGGGAGCAGCGGCACUUCCACCAAGCUGACGGUGCAAGUUUGCCUCAGCUUCUGCCGUAAGCGAGGCUACAAGUUUGCUGGGGUAGAAGCUGGUUAUGCCUGUUUCUGUGGCCAUGAAGGGGACGUCCGACGAAGCCAACCAGUGAGUGCUGUGGAAUGUGACCAAGUCUGUUUUGGCAAGUCCAGCGAGUUGUGUGGGGGAGAUGGGCGGAUCGGCAUAUACAAUGUAUCCAUGGGUGCCUGCCAGGGGAACUUCAGUGAAUUCUCCGGAGUGAUCUACUCUCCACAGUUCCCAGAUGACUAUGAAGCUGACAGCAACUGCAGCUGGGCCCUGCGCCCGCCGGGCUGUGAUUCCAUAGAGCUCACCUUCCGACUCUUUGACGUCCAUGACCCCAACGACCGCCUGGAGCUGUGGGAUGGGCACAGCAACCUGCUGCUGGCCCAGUUCGAUGGGCGCCGGAGGCCAGGAGCUCCCCUGCUUUUCCCCACUGACUACCUGCUCCUCUCCUUCCAAUCAGACCAGCUUCUUCAGGCUCAGGGCUUUGCCAUCUUGUACAGAGGAGUGAAGGGUCCUUCAGUCAAUUUACGGACACUUCCAGGUGAUGCAUCCCAUCUAGCCCCAACCUCCUCUGAUUGGCUGAACUCCACCUGGACCUACAGUGCCAACGAUUCCGCCAUCGGGGUAGGAGCUUGGGUGAUGUAUGCGGCCACGGGGACCUUCAUCUUAGCCAUCAUCAUCAUCUCCUACCAUCUGCGCAAGAGGACUUGCCUCUUUGUGCAGAAGAAGCCCGGUGGGUCCCUGGUCCCUUUCUCCUCCAAAGGCCCGCGGAGCCGCUGCCAGUGCCUUGGGGGCGAGGCGUGGGCCGUAGCCUACCGACAUACCCGCGUGGUGAUCUGCACCACACGGGGUGCUCCGCAUCACCGCCCCCUGCACAACAGCGGCGGGGGUGCCGGGGACGACGAGGCCUCCUCGGACUGCUCGUGCCUCUGCCACAGUUACGAGAACCUGUCUUCCACCAACCAGUCCUCGCUCAAGUCUCUCAUCUCCACCAUCUGAGGCGAGGCUGACGAUGCCAUUCCCACGUCCCACAGUGGCCUUUGGGCAUGUUAGCCUCUUUCCUACUGCCUGACCCUUGAGGUGGGACUUCCUCAGUCCUCCAGGGACCAAGAGACUUGGACCUCACAACGGCAUUUCUGCUCAGUGGCGUGAGCCAGGGGAGCGCAAACAUAAUGGAAGUCAAUGCCCAGAGUGGCCCUAGGACAACAUUCCAGAAAAAUGGAAAGUCGUUUGAUACCAGGCAGGCAUAGCCAUGUUCCCCUGUAGCUGUGAUCUUCUAAGGGGCAGGAGAGGACUAAGGUGGUGGGGACCCUGUUGCCACGUACUUUUGGCUAGAGACUUGUGGGUGUAUUUUGGAACUAAGAGGUUAAUUAUGGUGCUGGAAUUUGGAAAAUGUUUUUUUCUGGGACAAAGACAUCCCCAUUGGAACACCUUUUGUACCCCAUGACACCAUGGGGAAAUUUAGGACUGUGAAAAACCAAAGGAGUUGCGUUUCUGCAGAAAAGUACAUUGUGUGAGACACAAAAAACCUGGGAACUGGGGGCCGGGGAAAGGGAGAGAUCCUGUGACCACAUGGCUGGAGGCUUAAGAGGAGGGAGAAAGGGACCGAUUCCACAGAGAAAGUGGUCAUGCUUUGGAUUCUGCGUGCUGAAUCAGAACCCCUUGUGCUGAACCCGUUGCCAGUGGCACUUGGAAGCUAUCUCGAUGCAAACAGAUCGUGGGAUACUUGGAAUGGUUCCUUGCCUGGCUCCAGGGGGCUCUAUAAAUAUGCCUAACAGAGAGGAGAUAAAAACCAGCCCCUUUUUUCUGCUGCUUCCCACAGGCAUAAUAUGGAUUUUGGAACAUUAAACUGCCAUUAAAUUAUUUUCAUAUUGGUGA